CUAUACUCGGUAUACAAUUUUGAAAUUAAGAAUCAGACCUAGGAUAUUUUGAAAUCAAUUAUUUCUGUUUAAUACCAUGAAGUAAAUCAAGUAAUAUUAGAAAAAUCGGAAGUUAUCUAAAUAUCCAUCCUCAUUUAUAAGCAUGGUUGCCCUUCUCUUGCAUGAGCCGCCUCUCAAGUCAAGGCCGAAUCUCGAGACACUAUACGAGGAAUGGUGGGAACCAGUAUUCUCAUAACAUUUCAAUAGUAAACAAGUGAUAUUCAUUUUGUUGUUCAAUAUUCUUCACGAGUUUUAUUUUUAAUAAAAAUUGUCACAUAUAUAUAUGUGGCAUUGGAUUUUGUAAAAUAUUUUCACAAAUGGUUAUGUGAUAGUUGUUUGUAUAUAACGGAUAUCUUCACUUUCUUCGAACCAAAAUGCACGACGACUACGCGGUGUACGUAAACAAGGUGGUCAAACGGUAUCGGCAAAAUGAAGUGUUAUCAGAGAUAUGCAUGAAAGUGGAAAGAGGUGUAAUUUAUGGUCUGUUGGGCGCUAGCGGAUGUGGAAAAACCACAUUAUUGAGUAGUAUAGUUGGACGUAAAAAAAUUGAUGGAGGAGAAAUUUGGGUACUUGGCGGCAAACCUGGAGAAGCCGGUAGUGGAGUUCCGGGAGCAAGAGUCGGUUAUAUGCCACAGGAUGUUGCAUUGGUUGGGGAGUUUACAGUUAAAGACGCGGUAUAUUAUUUUGGAAGAAUUUUGUUAAUGGAAGAUAAUUUGAUUGCUAAGAGGUAUCGUGAGUUGCACUCUCUUCUUGAACUUCCACCGGACGAUAGAUAUUUGAAAAAUUGCAGUGGAGGUCAACAAAGGAGAGUUUCUUUAGCUGCUUCGUUGGUUCAUAAACCAGAAUUGUUAAUUAUGGACGAACCAACUGUGGGAGUUGAUCCUGUUUUAAGAGAUAGGAUCUGGCAGCAUCUAGUGAAUAUUACGAAUAGAGAGAAUACAUCUGUGAUCAUUACUACUCAUUAUAUAGAGGAAUGUAGACAAGCAAAUAAGAUUGGACUCAUGAGGGAAGGAAGACUCCUCGCCGAAGAAUCACCGAGUAGGUUGUUGACUCUAUUCAACAGCGAAACGUUAGAACAAGUUUUUUUGUUGUUAAGUAAACGACAAGAAGAUGGCAGACUUAGUGAACUGGCGGAUUCUCAUCAACCAGUAGUAGAUGAACAAAAUAAUUCUGUAUUAAUGAAUGAACCUACAGGGUCUAGAGUGAGUGUUGCAACUACAGUUUCUACUUUCGAAAUGGAGAACGGAUCCAAAGAUGUUUUAACAAAAAACAAGUUACUGAAAAGACAAAACUCUUUGAAUAAAAGGAGAAUGAAGGCUUUAUUAGACAAAAACUGGAAGCAGUUCUACAGAAACAUCACGGGUAUUAUAUUCUUGAUGACAUUUCCAAUAAUUCAAGUAGGGAUAUUUAUGAGCGCAGUCGGGGGAGAUAUAAAAAGUAUACCGAUUGGGGUUGUUAAUGACGAAACGAUGACCAUUUCAUGUCCCGAUUUCUCUAUUAAUGGUAGUGCGACACCAACCGAUGAUGGAAGUUGUCAUUUUAGUAAUAUGAGUUGUCGUUUUUUGACGUAUCUCGAUCAUCCUAUGAUUCGAAAGGUAUAUUACGAUGAAUUGGAAAAGGCUAAAGACGCGGUUGUUCAUGGAAAGAUCGUCGGAGUUUUAUACAUGUCUUCGAAUUUCACACCGUUUUUAGAACAACGUAUCGAACAAGGGAAAGAUGUCGAGAACGAAACAUUAUCCUUAAGUGAAAUUAAAGUUUGGAUGGAUAUGUCAAAUAGACAAAUCGGAGCCACAUUAAAAUCAAAAUUAGUAGAUCUCUAUACCAAAUUCCAAAAUUCAGUAUUCGACGAUUGCAAUUUCACAGCAGGCUUCAGUGAUUUACCGGUGAAAAUAAAUUUCGUUUACGGCGAUUCCGAAGAACCGUAUACGGUAUUCAUGAUACCGGGGAGUCUCAUAACGAUAAUGUUUUUCAUGGGCGCCAUUAUGACUUCCCAGAUUAUCAUAACCGACAGACACGACGGCGUAUGGGAUAGAUCCAUUGUUGCCGGCGUUAGUUCUUUGGAAAUAACCAUAACUCACUUGAUAAUACAAGCUUCGAUUUGUAUUAUACAAACUGGUGAAUUGUUGUUCGUUGUUUUUUUGAUUUAUAGACAGGAAUAUUUCGGGAGUAUAUGGUUGAUAUAUUUCAUGGUGUAUUUGCAAGGGGUAUGCGGUAUGGCGUACGGUUUUUGGAUUUCUGUGAUAAGUACAGACCAUUCUAUGGCCAAUACGGUAUUAACGGGUAUAUUUCUCCCCAUGAUGAUGUUAAGCGGAUUGAUGUGGCCCACCGAAGGAAUGCCUCCGAGCUUGAGAAUCUUUUCUAGGUGCUUACCAUUCACCAUGUCUAUAGAAUCAUUGAGAAACGUAUCCAAAAGAGGAUGGUCUAUAGACAAUUUCCAAGUCAUUAACGGAAUGGGCGUGGGUUUACUAUGGACGAUAUUUUUUGGUAUUUUAAGUGUGUAUCUAAUUAAAAAAUCUCGUAAAACUAGCUAUUUCAAUGCCUAUACGGUAAAAAAGAACAUGCAGAAAGAAAAGGCUGUGUAUUUAAAAAAUGUUAACAAAUAUUACGGUUCUAAUUUGAUAUUGAGAAAUCUCAGUAUGAAAGUAGAAACAGGAACGAUAUAUGGUUUAUUAGGUCCAAGUGGUUGCGGUAAAACUACAUUACUAAAAGCUCUGGUGUGUACAAUGAAGAUAGAUUCUGGAGAAAUUCAAAUUUUCGGUUACAACAUUAACUAUAAUGCAUAUCCGGUUUAUAAAGUAGGAUAUAUGCCGCAGGAUAUUGCCUUAUGUGGAGAAUUCACAGUAAAAGAUGCAGUUUAUUAUUUUGGUAGACUCUUUGGAAUGGAGAAGGAAAUAAUAAUGGAAAGAUAUAAUGAUCUCCAUAAACUACUUGAUCUUCCACCACACGAUAGGUACCUGAGAAAUUGUAGUGGUGGAGAACAACGAAGAGUUUCUUUGGCAACAACCUUAGUGCAUAAACCUGCUUUAUUGAUACUGGACGAACCAACAGUAGGAUUAGAUCCAUUAAUAAGAGAGAGAAUCUGGCAACAUCUUUGUUAUUUGACCAGGAGAGAAAAUACAACGGUGUUAAUAACAACGCACUACGUUGAUGAAUGUCGAGAUGUUGAUAGAAUAGGGUUAUUAAGGGAUGGUAAACUACUAUCGGAAGAAUCGCCCUAUUGUUUGAUGAAUCGAGUACGAGCCACGACAAUAGAAGAAGCAUUUUUAAGUAUAGCCAAAUCGGAUACGCAAGAUACACUGCCCAAACUACCUGUAUCACAUAAAAUUAGUAAACACAAACGUAAUUUCAAGACACAAGAUACAAAAACGUUGAGAAGAAUAUGGUCUGUCGAUAGACACAGAUUUGGAGCUUUGUUAGAUAAAAACUGGAAGCAGUUUUAUAGAAACAUUACGGGCUUAUUUUUCCUACUAUCUCUUCCACUAUUCGAAAUAGGAGCGUUUUUAUCGUCAGUAGGUGGUGACGUUAAAAAUAUACCGAUUGGAAUUGUUAAUACUGAAAUCGCCGACUGUAGAAAUUAUACGAUGAACGCCACUACCGAACCUUACGAUUCGUUCAAAUGUCAUUUGUAUAAUAUGAGUUGUCGAUAUCUGUCACAUUUGGAAGAUCCAAUGCUACAAAAGAUUUAUUAUGAAGGUUUAUAUGACGCUAAGCAAGGGGUGAAAGAAGGAAGUAUAUCAGGAAUUGUGUAUAUGACUCAAAAUUUCUCACUCAAUUUUGAAAAGAGACUAGAAGGAAGGGAGAUCGAUUUGGAAACAUUGGAUCAAAGUCAAAUUAAAGUCUGGCUAGAUAUGUCGAAUUAUCAAAUAGCUCUUUCUCUAAAACAAAAACUCGUAGAAAAGUAUAAAGAUUUUCAAGAUUCCGUAUUGGAAGAUUGCGGAUUUGAUCUGAAGGUAUUUGAACAACCUCUGCGCAUAGAUCAUUUUUAUGGUGGUUCUAAUAAGAACGAACCUUUUUUAGUAUUCAUGAUGCCUGGGAUUUUGAUCACGAUACAAUUCUUUUUGGGGUCCGUAAUGACGUCCCAAACUAUAAUAACAGAUAGACACGAUGGUAUAUGGGACAGAUCUAUCGUUGCCGGUGUGACUUCCAUGGAAAUAACGUUGAGUCAUUUGUUUCUUCAAGCAAUCAUCGUAAUAUUUCAAACAUUAGAAAUGAUGAUUUGUGUUUUCGUUAUUUAUAAAAUGGAAUACAUCGGAAGUAUUGUAAUUGCAUUUCUUUUGGUUUUCUCGCAAGGUAUUUGCGGAAUGGCCUACGGUUUUUUCGUGUCAGUUAUAAGUAGGGAUCAUACUAUGGCGAAUGUUGUACUUAUGGGACUUUAUCUUCCUGUAAAUAUUUUAAGUGGUUGGAUGUGGCCCAUUGAAGGAAUGGUAAAUGGUUUACAAAUACUAGCGAGGUGCUUCCCUUUUGUAACCGCCAUAGACUCUCUUAGAAAUAUCCUAAAAAAAGGUUGGUCCUUGGGGAACUUUGCGGUACUUAAUGGUUUCCUGAUGGGAGCUUUAUGGACCUUUUUAUUUGGGGUCAUAAGUGUGUAUAUAAUAUCAAGAAAGCGAUAAAUUAUUCCUUGUAUAGAUUUUUUUAUG